GUGGGAAUCCCCGCUCGGCGUGGCCGCGGCCGCCGCGUCGGUCAUCCUGCGGACGUCUCGGGCUGGGCAAGCGCGCUCCGCCCGCCAGUCCCGACCUCAGGGAACCCAGUCUACGCCGAGGAAGCCCAGACCCAGUUACGCCGUGCGUAGUCGGUGAUGGGGGCUGCAGCACCGCUGCGGGACGUCCACCGGGGCCUGGUCCCGCCGAGCGGCGGCCCCGCGCGCGUGGCCCUCCUGUCGGGCCACUACCUCUACUACCACUAUGGCUGCGACGGCCUGGACGACCGCGGCUGGGGCUGCGGCUACCGCACGCUGCAGACGCUGUGCUCCUGGCCCGAGGGCCGCCCUACCCGCGUGCCGGCACUGGACGCCGUGCAGGCCGCCCUGGAGGACAUGGGCGACAAGCCCCCCGGCUUCUGCGGCUCCCGGAGCUGGAUAGGCUGCGUGGAAGCCAGCCUCUGCCUCGACCACUUCGAGGGCCCCGUGGGGCGCUUGUGCCACGUACCCCGCGGAGCUGGGCUCCAGGGGGUGCUGGAGAAGCUCUACUCCCACUUCGCGGGGGGCGGAGGCCCCGUGAUGGUGGGAGGGGACGCAGACGCCCGCUCCAAGGCCCUGCUGGGAGUCUGCCUCGAGCCCGGCGGCCAGGCCUACGUGCUGAUACUGGACCCGCACUACUGGGGCACCCCCCAAAGCCCCAAUGAACUGCAAGCCGGCGGGUGGGUGGGCUGGAGAGAGGUGAGCACAGCCUUUGACUCCCACUCCUUCUACAACCUGUGCCUGACCAGCCGGAACCCUCAGAAGCAGCCACCCACCCUGGACUGAGGGCCUGGGCCCAGAACUGAAGCGCCCCCCAUGUGCACCUAACUCAGGGCUCCCAGCAGAGCCUGUCCUCCCUGGUCAGAAAUAAAGUGGCCCCAGCAGGUGCAGGCAUUCGGGCCCAUCAG